UUUUUAACUUUAUGAUCGUUAAAUCAGGAUUAAAUUAUUACUUCUUAGUCUCAGAUUUCUUCCUUUGAGUCUUACAUGGUUUAGAACCCUCAUUAUUCUUUUUCGGUUGGACUUCCUGCUUAGACUUAAUGUCUUCGCAUUUCUUUUGGGAUCCUUUCCCUUUGCCCUUCCUCUUUCUACCAGUUUCCUCAUAUUCCUUUGUUCCUAUCAGCUCAUAUUUACCUGAUUUUUUGAGAUGUCUUAAAUGAGCUACUAUCUGCUCCUUUGUCCUAUCUUCAAACCCUUCUGAUAUUUUAGUCCAACUGUUACCCCAUUUCUCUACGCUUUCCUUAAGCUUUAGGUCUUCUUGAGCUGUCCAGAAGACAAUUUUCUUCCUUGGCUCUUUGACUUCUUCCUUUACUUCAACUUUGGUUGCCACGAAUCCUUGUGAAGGGACUUGGUCUCAAACUUGGUCUAAGUCAAGGAAGAUCUCAGAUGCAAGCUCAUCCUCAUUGAGGUCCCAUUGGUCAUCGCUCUCUGUCGUAUCACCAUCAAGAUGGCUAGAGGUACAAUUCUGAUCGGCCAAAGGCCGAUCAGAAUUAGAGCUCUGGCUAGAAGGAGAGGUUGGCCUGGAUAGAGAAGGAGAAGCCUGAAUAGUAGAGAGCUCAGUAGAUAUUUUAUGAAUCUUAUGCAUAAACAAAAUCUGGUCUUGCUUCAUCAGCUCUUGAGCCUUACUUAUCAUUUGCUCCAGAUUUGCAGUAUAAUUCUGAAGGUAUUCUAAUAAGUUCCCUGACU